UCUAUAAUAUGUCGUGUGUAACUGUAACUAUAAAUAAGGAAGCCAAAAAGAAAGAGAAAAAACAAGUCCAUCCGAUCUCAUCUGAAUUCUGAUCUGGGGAAACAAAGUUGAAAGCUGUCUGAAUCUACACAAGAGCCCUACCGUAAGAAUUACAUAACACAACCCAGGCAUGGCGUCUUCCGAUGAUAAGGCACAAGUAUAUGAUAGGGAUGUCAAGGACAAGGGCAAAGAUCACAAGGAAGAUGAAAAGGAUGAUGAGGGGAAGGGCGGAUUUCUCGACAAGGUCAAGGAUUUCAUUCACGACAUUGGCGAGAAGAUUGAAGGCGCUAUCGGCUUUGGCAAGCCCACUGCUGAUAUAACCACUAUUAACAUUCCCCAUAUCAGCCUUGAAAAGGCCGAACUUGUCGUUGACGUCCUCAUUAAGAACCCAAAUCCCGUCCCCAUCCCCCUCGUUGACAUCGACUAUUUAAUCGCGAGCGAUGGAAGGAAACUCAUCUCGGGGUUGAUCCCAGAUGCAGGCACGAUCCGCGCUCACGGCGAGGAAACUGUCAAGAUUCCGGUCAAGUUGAUAUUCGACGACAUAAAGAACACGUUCGAUGAUAUUCAACCUGGGAGCAUUAUUCCUUAUCUGAUUAAGGUGGAUCUCAUUGUUGAUGUGCCCGUUUUCGGAAGGCUGACUUUGCCACUUGAGAAGACCGGAGAGAUCCCCAUACCUUACAAGCCUGAUAUUGAUAUUGAGAAGAUAAAGUUUGAGACAUUCUCUUUUGAAGAGACAGUUGCGGUGCUCCACUUGAAAUUGGAGAACAAAAAUGACUUUGACCUGUUUCUCAAUGCACUAGACUAUGAGGUUUGGCUCUGUGAUGUCAGCAUUGGAGGUGCAGAGCUUUCCAAGUCCGCUAAAAUUGAAAAGACCGGAAUCAGUAACAUUGAGGUUCCCAUCACAUUCAGGCCCAAGGACUUGGGCUCCGCGCUCUGGGACAUGAUGAGAGGAAAGGGUACAGGUUACUCUAUCAAAGGAAACAUCAAUGUGGACACACCCUUUGGAGCAAUGAAGUUGCCCAUCUCCAAGGAGGGUGGAACCACUCGUCUUAAGAAGAACAAAGGAGACGGUAAUGACGACGACGACGAUGAGGAGUAGAGAGGGAAUUGGGCGGUGAUCGGACUGGCGUUGUCUGUUUGUCAGUGUGGGUGUUAGUCUUCUUUUAUGUGGCAAAUAAUGGACAAAGGCACUUACUUAUUGCAGAUGGCAUGGUAGUGUUCUAAAAUCCUUUUAAGAAUGUUUUUGUUUUUUUAAAAAAAAAACUACUUUAUGACCAAUGGGACUUGGUGUCUUUUACAUAUUUAUGUAAAACAUUUUCUAUCGAGUGUGUGUUUUCAUCAGUUGCUGAGAGAUAUAGGCAGCGUAAUCAAUGUUAUCAUUAUUUACGUACCCACUAGACUAGUACAAAUAUUAGGGCAUAUGCUGUUGGUCUUCUUCUUCUUCUUCUUCUUCUUCUUCUUCUGUUGUUGUGAUGUUAAGAGACUGCUAUCAUAUUCAUAUCAUAUAUUAAUACGUAUGGUAUUAGUAUUACUGUUGUGUUAGGCUAUACUCGAGUUAUUUAACCUUGGCUGGCUGGUGUAUGUGGUGGACCUUUUAUUGAAGCAUUCCCGUUGUUCCA